UUGGAUACGUCUCUGUUGAAGAAGUUGAAAAUCACGCUCUUAUCCAUCAACACUGUCAUGGAUGAUGCUGAAGAUAAGCAGUUCAAUGAUCCUAAUGUGAUGGCCUGGCUUACUGAGCUCAAACAUGCCGUGUUCGAUGCUGACGAUCUUUUGGAUGAGAUUAACUAUGAAGCCUACAAGCAGGAGAUGGAACCUGAAACUCAAGCUGGUCUUGCUGGCAAGGUACGGCGUUUCUUCCGUACUAGUUCAUUUGACAAGGACUUUGAUUCAAGGAUGAAACAGCUGCUAGAAAAUCUUGAAUUUCUUGAGAGCCAAAAGAUUGCUCUGGGACUAAAAGAAGGUAAGGGUGGUGCUGUUGUAACUGCCAGAAAGUUGCCAACGACUUCCCUGAUUGAUCAAGCUGGAAUAUAUGGCAGGGAUGAUGAAAAAGAAAUCAUAAUUAAGUGGUUGCUAAAUGAAUGUUACUUUUCUGUCAUCUCUCUCGUGGGAAUGGGUGGUUUGGGUAAGACCACCCUUGCUCAGCUUGUCUAUAACGAUCAAAGGGUGGAGGGUGAAUUUGACCUUAAAGUUUGGCUAUCUGUAUCUGAUGACUUUGAUAUUUUAAGAUUAAUCAGAAUAAUUUUCAUCGCAAUUACAGGAUCAGAUUAUGGAACUGAAGAUCUGAACAUGUUACAAAAUAAGUUAAAGGAUUUGUUGACCAAGAAGAAAUUCCUUAUUGUUCUUGAUGAUGUUUGGUCUGAUGAUUAUAUAUUAUGGAAAGCUCUUCUAGAGUCUUUGAUUUCUAGGGUUGCAGGCAGCAGAAUUCUUGUCACUUCACGCAAUGAGAAUGUUGCUUUAGUCGCUGGUUCAGAUGAAAUUUACCACCCACAUCAAUUAUCAGAUGAAGCUGGUUGGUUGUUAUUUGUGAAAUAUGCAUUUCACAACUCUCCUCAAGCAAGUCCUGAUCUUGAAGAAAUUGGUAGGAGGAUCGUUAAGAAGUGCAAAGGUUUGCCUUUGGCUUUGAAAACUGUUGGAAGUCUUUUGGGUAGGAAAUUAUCUUGGGAGGAAUGGAAUGGCAUUUUGACCUGUGAGAUAUGGGAAGUUUCCCACAACAAUAUUCUUCCUGCUUUGAGGCUGAGCUAUCACUAUCUUCCAUCCCAUCUUAAGCACUGCUUUGCUUAUUGCUCAUUACUUCCCAAGGAUUAUCAAUUCAAAAAGGAGGAGCUAGUUUUAUUUUGGAUGGCUCAAGAUUUCUUACCAGCCUCUAAAUCAAACAAGACCAUUGAAGAAGUAGGCAACGAAUGCUUCCAGGAUCUUGUGUCAAGGUCUUUCUUUCAGAAAUCUGCUCUAGAUGGAACACAUUAUGUAAUGCAUGACCUUCUCAAUGACUUGGCAAAUUUUGUUUCUGGAGAAUUUUGCUUAAGGCAAGAGGUUAAAGAGGUGCCCAAUGUUUCAGAAAAGACACGUCACUUAUCCUUUUCGCAUGAAAAUGGAGGAUUCGGACAGCCUGAGUAUUUGCAAAAAUCGAGCAAGUUGCGGUCAUUCUUGCCUUUUUUCCUUAAUCCAGAUUUUGGUUGGACUUCAAUGGUUGAUGAAUUGUUUAAGUGCAAAUGCUUGCGAGCUUUGUCUCUAUGUUACAACUUCAAAAUUACUGAGCUUCCUGAUUCCAUAGGAAAUCUCAUACAUCUACGGUAUCUUGAUCUAUCUGGCAGUGGGAUAAGGAGACUCCCCGACUCUAUAUGUCUUCUCUAUAAUCUACAAACAUUGAAGUUGAAAAAUUGUGAUCGUUUGGAUGAGCUGCCUGCCAAUUUGAAUAAACUAAAACGUCUGCGGCUUCUGGAUUUACAAUGCACAUGGCUGAAAACGAUUCCUCUAAAUUUGGGAGAGUUGAAAGAUCUUCAAGUUCGUCUGACAUCAUUCGAUGUGGGAAAUUACAGUGAGUCCAACAUCAAGCAGUUAGGCAAACUCAAUCUUCAAGGAGAAUUGUCCAUUUUUGAGCUACAGAAUGUAGUUCAUGGGAUGGAUGCUUCUACUGUCAACUUGAAAGAAAAAAAGUGCCUUGAUGAGUUAAGCUUCCAAUGGAGUCCGGACUGCCAUAAUAAUUCCCAGAAUGAAAGGUACGUGCUGGAGAAGCUCCAACCUCACCAGAACUUGAAGAAACUAUCAGUCAUGCACUAUGGCGGUACAAGAUUUCCAGAUUGGUUUUCUAAUACAUUGCCCAACAUUGUUUCACUCCGAUUGGAAAGUUGCAGCUAUUGCCUUGUUUUGCCAUCAUUGGGCCUUUUGCCGUCCCUCAAGUCACUGUUCAUUAGAGGGUUGGAUUGUAUUGCAGCUAUUGGUUGAAUUUCUUGGAAGUAAAUCUUCUGCUGUUUCAUUUGGGUCUCUUGAAAUCUUGGAGUUUGAUGAAAUGGUGAAUUGGGAGGAAUGGGAAUGCGGAACAGCUUCUAGAGCCUUCCCAUGCCUUAAAGAGCUUCAUGUAAGGAAUUGUCCAAAGUUGAAAGAGAAGUUGCCCGAACAACUUCCUUCUUUAGAAGAACUCAUUAUUGAAGAUUGCCAAGAACUUGUAGCUUUGGUUCCGAUGGCUCCAAUGAUUCGAAGUUUGACUCUUAGAAAAUGUGGGAAUGUGAAGUUGGGAUACACUCCUUCCACUCUAAAAGAACUCUUCUUUCAAGGACCAUGCAUGAAUGCAACUUUGGUUGAAAAGAUUGAGCACAUUAUUGCCAACACCUGCAUUGAAAAGGUGGACAUUCGUGAGUGUCCGACUUUGGAGUUCCCAUCACAUGAACGUCAUGGCUCACUUCGUGAUAUACUGAUAUUAAGAAGUUGUGUGUCAUUUAGGAACUUCACUUUGGAUCUAUUCCCUGCACUUCAGUGGCUAUAUCUUGAUCGAUGUGAUAAUCUUGAAAUGAUUUCUGUUUCAGAGGGGCGCAUGAAUGAACCAACAAAUCUUACAGAUUUGAACAUUAAGGAGUGCCCAAAAUUUGUAUCAUUUUCAGGACGGGGGUUUUCCGCCCCUAGGCUAAAAUGUUGCUGCUUUGAACAUUUGGGGAAUUUAGAAUCACUUAUGGGCAUUUUUGCUCCGUCUCUUAGCAUUCUAAGAAUAGAGGAUUGUCCAAAACUGAAAACAUUUCCAGAGGGGGGUUUGCCAUCAAAGCUGAGGAAUCUUGCUGUCAUCAAAUGCCCAAAUCUCUAUGUUGAUAGGGGAAAGAUUGCUCACAUCCCUAAUGUUUGGAUUGACGAUGCUAGACAAACUUGAGUUUGUGAAGGAGGAGUACCCCAAUCAUUCUAUUCCCUAGUCCAAGCCACCACUCAGGGACUAACAGGGCUUGUGGUGGAGUGCAGAUAUGUAUAGAAUGUUUUGGGGCGAUCCAAUCACAUCACACUAUAUGGAAAGAUGAGUUUCAUUGGCUCUCUGAAGGACUGCACGAGGAUUUGUUAUUGCUUUUGUAAUGUUUCAACACCAGCCUUGUUCUUUUUUCCCCCCUAGGUGACUUUCAUGGCCAUGAACAAAGAGCAGCUUGCAUGAUUAUAGUUCUCUUUCUCUUGUUUACAUCAGUAGAUAUUGGAAUCUCACAAUGUUGGACUGUUGAGGUCUUUGCUUAAGAUUGUUCAAGGCUCCGAUUCAUGAGGAUUGAUAAUGAUAUGCUAACUUGAUCAGUUUGUGGAGGACAAUUGCCCCAAUUAUUGUAUUUUCUUGCCGUCUGUUCCUUUGCCUACAUCCCUUUCUCUUUAAUGCAAUCAGCAAGAGUACAACUGUGAUCAUAGCCGUUAGUUCUCGCCCAAAAGCUUGAAAAAAUAACUUGUUACCUUUUUA